AUGGAUGAGAAUUUGACUGAUCAGCAUAAUUUAUCAGAGCUAGAGAAUACAACAAUGGAUGCCAUGAUGAGAGAUUGGACUAAUCUUCCAAGUGAGCUUUUGAGCUUGAUCUUGUCACAUCUCUUUCUUUAUGAUAUCAAAAGGUUCCGCAAUGUCUGCAAAACAUGGCAAUCAGUUACUUCCCAACAAGUAGUGCCAUUUCCAAUUCAUUGCCCAAUCACCCAAUCUCAUUGGCUCAUGUUUUUCCUCGGAUACAAAGUGCCUUUGAAUUUUUACAACCCCUUAUACGAGGACACAUACCAAAUGGCUAUUCCUUGUGAGUUAUCCGGUGCAGUGCUUCGCUUCUCCAAUAAUGGUUGGUUGCUUAUGUCUAGAGAUUUACCUGAAUAUUACUAUUUUGAUACUGUAUCCUUCUCUUCCGUGCCCACAUCCUUAGACUGUACCGUUUUUGGCAUACUCGGCCUUUUUAAUGAUAUAGCUUGGUUUUCAUCCAUUUCUCGUGGUGAGGAAUCUUGGACUUGGGCUAAGGUUAAUAGCAAUCUAAAUUUUCAACCAUCUCAUACUAAUCCAGUUUUCUACAAUGAGCUCUUUUACUGCUUGGGUCAAGAUUGUAACUUGGGGGUGUUUAAUCCAAAGGAAAAGGAUUCGAGCUGGACAGUUCUUGAUGGCCCCAAGAAACCCCGUGGCUGUGAUUCUGUGUAUGAAAGUUAUCUGAUGGAGUGUGAUGGAAAGCUAUUGUCGGUGUUUGUGGGCAACAGGGGAAGAGGGGUUUUUGUUUACACAUUGGAUGAAUCGGAGAUGGCAUGGCAGAGAGUAACUGAUUUGGGUAGCAAAAUGUUGUUUGUGAGUCACUCCACAUCUUUUUCAUCGACCAAAGUAGUAGAAGGAAUGGAGAACAAGAUACAUUUCCCCAGAUUUUGUGGAAAAGAUGGGGUAUUCUAUUGUCUUGCAACCAGUCGGUAUGGAUCCUUUGGCAGUAACAUCCGUAAAAAGGACCUUCGCGGCACAGAAGAACAGCUACACUGUAGUUGGAUUGAGCCAAUAACUGGAACAUAUACUGAGGAAGAGCUUAACUGGCUUGCGGUGGCAAGUUGA